AUGUCAGCCGAGCUUCCAUGGCACGCUGCAUAUCCUGCACCAAGGAGUGCGGCGCCCUCCAUCUCACGAGAAGAACUAUUGCAAUGGAUUAAGGACGGUAAACAAGCAGGCAAAGACUUUAUACUUGUUGACUUGCGUCGCACAGACUAUGAGGGAGGAACGAUCCAAGGGUCAUUGAACUUACCCGCUCAGAGUUUAUACCCUACGAUCCCAACAUUAUAUUCUCUUGUAUCGAAUAGCACCUUGAAAUAUGUGAUUUGGUAUUGUGGGUCCUCUGCAGGUCGAGGUACUCGUGCAGGAGGCUGGUUUGCGGAUUACCUUGAAGAUCAACACGAUACAGAGGUCAAGAGCUUGGUCCUAACAGGAGGCAUUAAAGGAUGGGUGGCGGCCGGUCCUGAUUAUACAUCCUUGAUGACUGGUUAUGAUACCUCUGUCUGGACAAAGUAA